AUGAGGGAUAUCGUCACCCUGGCCGCCGACAAGGGACGCUCGACUGUUGUCAUGGAUAAGACCGAUUACACGACGAAACUGCAAAGUCUGUUGGAGGACGAAGGUGCCUAUGAGCUUUCGGAGACUGAAGAGUUCAAGAAGCACGUGAAUAGCGUAAACAGGGCAAUAGACAAGUUGAGGAAGGCAGGAGCACUCAAAAGAAAUGAGGCAUUGACGGCAAAAGCCACAGAUGCCGCCAUGGCGCGUUUCUACGGACUGUCAAAAGUGCAUAAGCCAGGAGUCCCCCUACACCCCACAGUUUUCCUACGCGACACCUCGACCUUUGGACUCUCGAAAUGGCCUUACCAACGGUUUCGAUUCCUCACCGAGGGUUCGGAAUGGACGGUGGAGUCGGCUGAAGAAUUCCUGAAAAGCAUCAGAAACCUAGAAGUAGAACCAGAUGAGACGAUAGUAUCGUUUAACGUGGUCUCAUUAUUCAUGUCCAUUCCAACCGGCCUCGCCAUCAACACAAUUGACGAGCUUCUUCGGGAAAAGUAUGAUGACGCUGACCAACAACUUAAGCGAACGCACAUCACUGAACUCCUGGAAUUGUGCCUAAGAACUUUCUUCACUUUUGGCGAUCGGGUUUACAAGCAGGAGAAGGGAACACGGAAAGGGUCUCCCCUGUCUGGGUUGAUUGCUGAGGCUAGAACGACUGGUCUUCCGUUCGUACUCCCCAAAAUUCUGGGCCAGAUGUGUCGACGACACAUUUGUCGUAAUCAGGAGGAACGACGUUCAGGACUUCAAGGUCUUACUGAACUCAAUAUUCCCCGACAUCCAAUUUACAAUGGGAGAGGAGAACAACAACCAAUUGCCCUUCCUCGACGUGAAUGUUGCAAGGACGGUUAG